AUGAGCGACGGAAAAGUUAAAAAAGACGCAACUAAUAAAGAAAUCAUCAAUAUGAGUGACGCCGCCGGAUAUCUUGACCGUUUUGUCGGUGAUGUGAGCAAAAAAUCGGCCACCAAACAGAUACUAAUCGGUGCUGGCAGUGGAUGGGCAACCGGUUACAUCACGAUGAAAGUAGGCAAAAUGGCUGCUAUAGCGGUCGGUGGUGGUAUCAUUUUGCUGCAGUUGGCCAACCAUCAGGGUAUCAUUUCUAUCGACUGGAAUAAGGUGCAGAAGAAGGUGGAUAAAGUCUCAGACAAGGUGGAAGAAGCCGUCACCGGUCAGGGACCAAGUUGGGCGGAUAAGGCCGAACGAUUUGUCGAUCGUAAACUGAACCAAGCGGAAGAUGUACUGAACAAACGCACGAAAAAGGCUAAAAAGUGGUACACCAAUCUGAUCGGAGAUGAGUCCGGGUGCAAGGUGAAUGAUCUACACAUUUUCCUGUGUGCCUUUGCGGCGGGCGUUGCAAUCGGUGUGGGUACUGCUUAA